GCAGGUGUCCACUAAAGCAACCAAGCUGUGAGUUUGGUUUAGUCCGUUGUUUAAAGAAGUCAUGGCAAGUAUUGAAAUACUUGGGAGCAGGUUUUUCUCGUAUGACAAAAUGUAUAGUCAGGACUUACGCGAACAGAGCUUUGCUGACUGGCCGUUUAGAGAUGAAUGUAACUGCACACCUGAAAAGAUGGCCAAGGCUGGGUUUGUCCACUGUCCCAGUGAGAAUGAGCCUGAUGUUGCUUGCUGCUUCUUCUGUUUGAUCGAGUUGGAAGGCUGGGAGCCAGAUGAUGAUCCCUGGUCUGAACAUAUGAAGCGCUCCCCUAACUGUGGCUUCCUUACCAUGAGAAAAGACUUCACUGAGCUCACUGUGGCUGACUUUUAUCACAUGGAAAAGGAGCGGAUGAAGGUCUACAUGCAUCUAUCAGUGGACCCUGAUGCUCCAAACGCUGACUGCUCCAGCCCAAAUUAAUGACAUCAGCAUUUAGCCUCCCACAUGACCUGGUUCAACCGUUGGUUAACAAAGACGAGAUGAGCCCCAUAUCCCAUCAGAGGGCCAAAUUUGCAUACUUGCUAACAAUGUAAUGUUUUGAUGUUUGGACUAAGUAUUACCCAUGAAUGUAAUGAGUAGAACCCGAAGAUGCAUAAAAAUGCUAAAUUAAAGGGG